AUGUCUAAGACCAAGUCCGUUACCAAGAAGGGUGCCGAGAAGCCUGUCGACAAGGCCUUGAGCAAGGUCAAGGACGCUGGCGUCACCAAGGCUUCCCAGUCUCCCAAGGCUAAGAGCAAGCAGCUCGCUCGCGAGCUCGCUUCCAAGGAGAAGUCCAAGCGCAAGAAGAAGGAGCCUACUCCUAGCAGCAGCUCCGAGUCUGACAGCGAUGAGGAGAUGGAAUCUACCAGCUCCAGCAGUGAGAGCGAAAGCGAGGAGGAGAAGCCUGCCAAGAAGGAGGUGAAGAAGGUGUCCAAGAAGGCCGAAUCCUCUGAGUCCGAGUCGGAGUCCGACAGCGACGAGGAGAUGGACGACGCUUCUAGCAGUGAGAGUGAGAGCGAGGAUGAGAAGCCCGCCAAGAAGGACGCCAAGAAGGAGUCCAAGAAGGCCGAGUCCUCUGAUUCUGAGUCCGAGUCGGAGUCGGAGUCUGAAGAUGAGAAGGUCGUCAAGAAGGAGGUGAAGGCCAAGGCUGACACUUCCGAGUCCUCUGAGUCCGACUCCGACUCUGAUGAAGAGGAGGAGGCUCCUAAGAAGGCCGCCAAGAAGGAUUCCAGCGACAGCGAGGACUCCGAAUCCGAGUCUGAGAGCGAGGACGAGGCUCCUGCUAAGGCUAAGAAGGCUGAGAAGGAAUCUUCCGAGGAAUCUGAGGAUUCUGAUGAGUCUGAAGACUCCGAGGGCUCUGACUCCGACUCUUCCGAGUCCGAGUCUGAGAAGCCCUCCAAGAAGCGCAAGGCUGAAGAGGAGCCUGUUGCCGCCCCCAAGAAGUCGAAGAAGACUGAUGAGGAGGCUUCGGGCGCUUCUGCCAACCUCUUCGUUGGUAACCUGUCCUGGAACGUCGACGAGGAGUGGCUCCGCCAGGAGUUCGAGACCUUCGGUGAGCUUUCUGGUGUUCGCAUUGUCACCGACCGCGACUCUGGUCGCUCCCGCGGUUUCGGUUAUGUCGAGUACGUCAGCGCUGCCGACGCUGCCAAGGCUUACAACGCCAAGAAGGAUACCGAGAUUGAUGGUCGCAAGAUCAACCUCGACUACGCCACUGGCCGCCCUGCCAACAACAACAACAACAACAACAACAACCAGGACCGCGCUCAGGCUCGCGCUCGUAACUUCGGUGACCAAGCCAGCCCUGAGAGCGACACCCUGUUUGUCGGCAACAUCCCCUUCAGUGCCAACGAGGACUCCGUCUCCGAGCUCUUCGGUCAGUCGGGUACCAUUGUUGGAAUCCGUCUGCCCACCGACCCCGAGUCGGGGCGCCCCAAGGGCUUCGGUUACGUGCAGUUCUCCUCUGUUGAUGAGGCUCGCCAGGCCUUCAACGACCUCAACGGCGCCGAGCUGAACGGCCGUGCCGUCCGUCUCGACUUCAGCACUCCCCGUCCCAGCAACGGUGAUGCUCCUCGUGGCGGCCGUGGCGGCUUCGGCGGUCGCGGUGGCCGUGGUGGUCCUCGCGGAGGUGGCCGUGGUGGUCGUGGAGGCUUCGGCGGUCGCGGAGGCUUCGGCGAUCGUGGCGGUGGUGCCCCCAACAAGGCUCGUGGUGGUAUCCCCGAGUACAAGGGCACCAAGGUCACCUUCUAA